AUGGCACCAGAAACAAACGGCUCCGCCGGCGUGCCAUUCGAAGAGCUCGUGCGCGCCGCUGCCGACCCAGCGUCCUCGACACUUCCUUCAGAGGAGCUAGCAACGAGGCUGGGUAUCGCGGCGCUGCCUACCCCCGCCGAGGCACUCACCCUCCUCGAGAAGACGGUUCUCUCGCCUCCGAGAGACCUCGCCGGGCCAGACCUGUGGCAAUGGCAGGUCCCCCUCCCAACGCCCCUCCCGGCACCAAAGCUCAAGCUCGAAACGCUCCCGCCCACGCACACGGUCACGCCAACGUUCCGCGGCAUCGACGGCGCCUUUACCCACUGGCGCGAGGCGCUCGCGCCAAAGCCCCCAGCGCACCCCAGUCUCAGCAGCAGCAUGCAGCGCUCCGCUGCGCCGCUCCAGAACUUUGUGCGUGGCAAGAGCACCAACGCGCCGUUCUUGCCUGGCGGGUUGGAGCCGGCCGUCACGUACGAGGAGGCCGAGCACGAGAUUGAGGAGGCGAUCGAGGAGGAUGAGGAAGGGUGGAAGACCCGCGCGCCCGGUCUUAGGAGAGGCGCCAAGCUCGACGGAGCCGACGCCUUCUUGGCUGAGAUGCUCGGACAGCAGGCCAUGACGACAAAGGCUAAGCGGAGGAGGCGUGGAGGAGAGGAGUCUCCUACUCUCGAGGUGUCGCGUCUUGGUGACGAGCUUCCCUCCGACGGCACCGAGCGUCCACGACCCCAGACGAACGGCAAGAACGUUGACGAUCUCCUCCCCGUUGGCCGCCUGCCUGCUCCCCCGCCCAUCAGGACCAACCUCAUCAAGGCGGCCGCGACCAAGAAGGAGUGGGCUCACGUUGUGGACGUCAACCAGGAGCUUGUCAACUUCCGUGAACUCGUGCCCGAGAUGGCCAAGGAGUACCCCUUCGAGCUCGACAACUUCCAAAAGGAGGCAGUCUACCGCCUCGAGAUGGGAGACAGUGUCUUCGUCGCCGCCCACACCUCGGCCGGUAAGACAGUGGUGGCAGAGUAUGCGAUCGCGUUGGCAGCAAAGCAUAUGACCAAGGCCAUCUACACCUCGCCCAUCAAAGCGCUGUCGAACCAAAAGUUCCGCGACUUUAAGCAGGUGUUCGACCCGUCCAGUGUCGGUAUUCUCACUGGCGAUGUGCAGAUCAAUCCCGAGGGCAGCUGUCUUAUUAUGACAACAGAGAUUCUCAGGAGUAUGCUCUACAAGGGUGCCGACCUCAUUCGUGACGUCGAGUUUGUCAUCUUCGACGAGGUUCACUACGUCAAUGAUGCAGAGCGUGGUGUUGUCUGGGAAGAAGUCAUUAUCAUGCUGCCCGAGCACGUCAGCAUCAUUCUUCUCUCUGCCACUGUGCCAAACACGCGAGAGUUCGCCGAUUGGGUUGGCCGCACCAAGAAGAAGAACAUCUACGUUAUCUCGACUCCUAUGCGCCCUGUCCCUCUUGAGCACUUCAUGUGGGCUGGCAAGGAGCUGCACAAGAUCGUCAACGCCAAGGGCCAGUUCCUCGAGGCUGGUUACAAGGAGGCUGGAGAGGCCCUUCGGCGCAAGCAGGACAAGGAACGCGAGGCUGCCGGUCUCCCUCCCGUUCAGCGUACUGGUGGCCGUGGAGGUGCUCCAGUACAGACCAAGGCGAAAGACUUGCCCACUGGACGGUCUGCUCCAUUCUCCCGAGUGGGCGGCGGCCGAACGCACUCCAACCGUGGUGGCGGCCAGGGUGCGCCAGCUGGGGCUGUCGUUCCGCGCGGCGGUGGUCGUGGCGGAUAUGGCGGCGGUGGUGGUCGUCGUGGUGGCUUCCAGCUCGACCAGAACGUCUGGACCCACCUCAUCGCCUAUCUCCGCAAGAACGGUCUCUUACCCGUCGUCAACUUCGUGUUCAGCAAGAAGCGCUGUGAGGAGUACGCUGCAACAUUAUCCACUACCGAUCUGUGUGACGCCAAGGAGAAGAGCGAGGUGCACAUUGUUUGGGAGAAGGCGUUGAAUCGUCUCAAGGGUUCCGACCGCACCCUGCCCCAGAUCUCGAGGAUGCGUGAUCUGCUCAGCCGUGGUAUUGGUGUUCACCACGGUGAGGUGGUAGAGAUUCUCUUCGCCCGCGGCCUUGUCAAGGUUCUCUUUGCUACAGAGACCUUUGCCAUGGGUGUGAACAUGCCGGCCAAGAGUGUGGUCUUCGCAGGCAUCCGCAAGCACGACGGUGUCUCGUUCCGUAACCUCCUGCCAGGAGAAUACACCCAGAUGGCCGGUCGUGCCGGUCGUCGUGGUCUCGACACGACUGGUACUGUCAUCUUGCUCAGUGGUGAGGAGCUUCCUCCUGUCAAGGAGCUCCAUGAGAUGAUGCUGGGCACGCCCAACCGCCUCACAUCGCAGUUCCGCUUGACUUACAACAUGAUCCUCAACCUCCUUCGUGUUGAGGCUCUCCGUGUUGAGGAGAUGAUCAAGCGGUCUUUCUCUGAGAACGCGGCACAGAAGCUCGCCCCCGAGCAGCAGCGCCAGGUUGAGCAGGCCGAGAAGCUCCUCGCCAAGCUUCCCAAGGUCGAGUGCUCUGUUUGCAGCCCGGACAUUGACGCGUUCUAUGACCUGUCGGCUGAGGUUGUCCGUCUCAACGCGGCCAUGAUGUCGCAGGCAUCGUUCACACCGGGCAAGCAACUGAAUCAGGGCCGUAUUGUCCUCGUUCGCGAUGGACAUUUCCCAGGCAACGUUGCGGUCAUCCUCCGCCACGCCCCGUCCAUCGCACGCGAUGGUAUCAAGGGCAGUGAGCGCGCGUUCUGGGUCCUCGCCCUCGUCACCAAGGGCCAGAGGUCGGGCAAGGAGGAUGUCAAGGAGUCCGAGGUCGUUCCUCAAUGGCCACCGCACCUUCACAAGGGAGGUUUCUCGGACCCACAGUACCAGAUCACUCGCAUCGAGGCGCCGAGCGUCGCCUUUGUCACGGACCGUAUCCUCAAGCUCGACAUUACGAGCAUUCUGGACAAGAAGGCCAAGGAGCCGGCCCAGGCUGCGCUCAAGGAUCUCGUGCGCAUCCACGAAGAGCUGGCGUCUGGUGACCUUGUCGAGUUUGACUGGUCGAGGUUGAGCAAGCUCGAGUUCCAGGAACUGUUGCGCCAGCGCAUUGGUCUCACCGACCGUAUCUCCAAGCUCGGCUGCCAACUCUGCAAGGACUUUGAGGAGCACUACGACAUUGUGCAUGAGCGCAAGCUUGUGGAGUCCAACCUCAUUGCCCUCAAGCUCAGCCUUUCCGACCAGAACCUGGAGCUGCUGCCUGACUACGAGUCGCGCGUCGAGGUGCUCAAGGAGCUGCAGUUUGUGGACCAGAACUCGACGGUACUGCUCAAGGGUCGCGUGGCGUGCGAGAUCAACUCGGCGCACGAGCUGAUCCUCACCGAGCUUAUCUUGGAGAACGUGCUGGCAAGCUACACUGCCGAGGAGGCUGUCGCACUGCUGUCUGUGUUUGUCUUCGUCGAGAAGACCGAAUCGGAGCCCAAGAUUGAGCCAAAGCUGCUACAGGGCCUGGACACAAUCUACCGCAUCGCCGAUGAGGUCGAGAACUGCCAGCUGCGAAGGCACGUGGCGUUCGAGGACUUUAGGGAGAAGUUUAAGCCCGGCCUCGUCGAGGUGGUGUACGAGUGGGCGCGCGGCAUGCCGUUCAGCGAGAUCACCAACCUCACCGACGUUCCCGAGGGCACGAUUGUCCGUGUCAUCACCCGCCUGGACGAGACCUGUCGCGAGGUGCGCGACGCUGCACGAGUCAUUGGCGACGCGGACCUCUUUGAAAAGAUGGAGGCGGCGCAGGCCCUCAUCAAGCGAGACAUCGUGUUCGCUGCAAGCUUGUAUCUGUAGACAACAUACACCAAGGGGUGACUUGGAACACUGC